GGUCGGGGAUGAUAUUGGUGAUUAAAUCACUCUAUUUAUUGCAGUAAACUCGUAAAUAUAAAAAUCUAGAUGAUCCCAAUGGAAUGUGAACAUAGAAUUGCAAGGCAUUAUGUACACCGACACAAAAAUUCUGUUUAUGUAUGAUAGUUAUACGGCAAGUGGUGAGAAAGCGGAUGUAAAUAAAGGAUCGUCUGCUCCGAUGAUCAGGUGGCCAUGAUAGCUGAACGCUAGAGUUAUUACUUCCGGUGUGCAGCGCAUGUCUGUUACAACGUGUCAAUAUGGAGCACCAGGUUAUUCUAUGGUACCCAUGAAAGAAAUUCAUACGUAUGUUGAAGGAAAUUUACCGAGAACAUGUUCCGAAAACUGAUUAAAAAACUUGAACAGGGAGUUGGAAACUCUAAUAUACCUCUACCUUUCACGGAAACUGAAAGUAAUGUUUCCUUAAGCAAUACAGAUAAUGUGAGUGCAGAGUCACCAACAGGAAAUGUGGAUGAACCUAUAGACACUGCAUCAGUCAAAACUGAUGAAGUUACUGUAACCAAUAAUGUCUCAUUGGAUACAGCCAACUCAGUUAGCUCACCCAGUUCACCUACCAUGGGGAUGUUGAUUGACAUACCACUCAAUGAUGGUUCUCUUAUUGAAUCAAGUGCAGAAGAAUUUGCUGCUGUUGAUGAUGUAUCAUUAUUAGGAAAGCAGCAAGAACAACCAAAUAGCGGCAUGUCUGUUAUAUCCCUUGGAGCAAUGUCACCAAAUACUUCUGCUAGCUCUACAUAUGAAACGCCUUUUCAAUCACCCUUGCCUCCAAUACAUUACCAAAUGCCGUCCGAUAUUGAAAGUGAAAUUGAAGAAAGUGCUUUCAAUGUAGAUAUUCUCUCUAAAGAAGAACUUUACACUUUGGUAAAGAAGUAUGAACACCGAGCCAGACGCUACAAGUCCAAAUUCAAUGAAAUAGUUCUUACUUUCAAAGAACUUUUGCAAGAACAAGAGAAAUUAAAGAAAAACCUUGCACAUACACAAGACAAGUCUUUUCGACGUAUAUCUGAAUUAAAAGAGCAGAUUAAUCUUGAUCAGUUGGCUAAACGAGAUCUUGAAGAAAAUUACCGCCUUAUGCUUGAUGAGAAAGAUGAACAAGUGAAUGUCUUAAAAACGCAGGUCAGGCUGCUUAAAGAAGGAAAAGAUAUCUCUGUAGAAAAUUACAACCAAAGCAAAGAAACUGCUUCUGCUGUAGGUAAUGGAAAACCAGUAGAAAGUAUUUCAGCACUUCAUGAGAAGGUUAAACGCCUUGAAAAUUUGCUGGGUAAAUGUCGUGAAACGAUAAAAAAUAACAAAGAACGUACUAUUGUACUCUGCGAAGAAAAUGACAAUUUGAAAACACAGUUGCAAAAGAUUGAAGAAGCCCAUUUGAUGGUAAUAGAUAUCUCUAAAAAUAUUUGUCUUGCUUGGGUAAAUCUAUGUAAAGCUAAAUGUAAUGAAUUAUUUCUUUGGAUUAUUUUAGCUGCUGAACAGUUGGAAAAAUCUCGUGAGAUCAUUAAGCAACUAAAAGAGGAGAAAAAACAGGCUAUUAUUCAGUUAGAAGACAAACUAAAACAUGCAGAGAAAACAAUGGAAGAAGAGAAAGAAAAUCUUGUACAAGAACUUUCAAGAGGAAAAGCUUUAGCCAUUUCACUUGUCCAGGAAGAACAUGAGAAAGCUCUAGAAGAAAAAGUAAAAACUGCUAUUCAAGAACAAGAAAAUAUAUGGAAAGAAAAACUUGACAAAAUUGAAACUAGCCAUCAGGAUGCUUUAACCUCUAAGCUCAAAGAACAGGAAUUAUGGCAGAGACAGAAGGAAGAAGAUUUUUAUCGGCAACUGGCUGAAUAUCGAGAAGAAAUGCGGUUAGCUAUUGAAGAACGUGAAUUGCAGAAAAUGGCUGCAUUAUCUCAACAAGACAGUUUAAGAGAUGCCCUCCAAUGUGAAAUUGGCGAGCUCAAGUCUGAAAAAAUUGAAAUGCAGCAACGAAUAAUUCAGUUAGAAGAGGCAAAAAGUAAACUGGAAGAAGAGCAUGCUGAGUUUAUGGAGAAGUCACGAUUAGCAAAUGAAGAGCUUGUAAAAGAGCUUACUGAGAGGCACUCAACUGAAUUAACUAAAGCCUUAGAAGAGCAAGAAUCUCAGUCAAUGGAAAAAUUGCAAAGUUAUAUUCAAAAACAUUCUGAAGAAUUGGAAGUCCUCAGGAUCAACCAUCAAGAAGAAUUUGUAAGUUCCAAUACUGAGCUUUACAACUACUAUGAAAGCAAACUGGAAAAGGUACUUUCUGGGUAUAAACAAAUGUUGUCAGAGAAGAACAAUCAACUGGAACAGGCAAACCAUAAUGUUCAAGUUUAUAAAGAAAAAAUGUCUGCUAUGCAGGUACAAUUUGAAUCACGCACCCAAGGCUUUGAAACUCGUCUGGCAGAGCUUCAAAAGACUCUACAAAGUGAGAAAGACAAUUGCAUUAAAUUACAAAAAGAAAUGGAAAACAGCAAAAUUCAGUAUGAAGAAGGCAUCCAGAAUCUGAAAGAUCAAUGUAAUGAAAGAUUUAACUAUGUGCACCAACUAGAAGAGGAGAAAGGUAUUCUUCAAAAGGAACUGGAAUUGACACGCCUUUCUAAAAUGGAAUUAGAAAAACAAAUGACUAAAGAGUUGGACAAAAAAGCAUCGCAUUCUAGUGAAGAACUUUCAAAAAUUCAAACACUAGAAAAAGAGCAUCAAAAGUUUAUUGAAACAAUUACUUUAAUGACAAUAAAAGAAGAAACUAUGAAAAAAGAAAUUAACUCUUUGGACAAAGAAUUGAAGCUUAUGAAAGAGAAAAACAAUCAACAGUUAGACACUAUAGAUUCUAAAGAAAAAAAAUUGUUGGAUAUAGAAGCAACAUUUGAGAGCUUUUUGAAGACAAAUGAAAAAAUGAAUGAAGAAUUAGAAACAAACAAACUUUUAGUUAACACUUUAGAACAAGAGAAAGAACAAUGUAAAGAAGAAAUUCAGUGCUUACAGAAUAAUUUAACUCAACAAGGAAAUGAUAUUGAGAAAAAGAUGCAGGAAAACGUCUUCUUUAAAUUGAACAGUAAUGAAUUGGGGGAGAAAAAUGCAAAUCUUGAAAAAGAGUUAAAUUUGAAGAUAGUAGCAUUUGAAGAAAAAAUUAUUGAAUUGGAAAAUUGCCAACAAAAGAUUACUGAGCUGAGAGGAGAAAAUGAUUGCUUGAAGAAGUUAAAUGAAUCUCUUGAAGAUGACAAAUUUCACCUUAACACAGAAUGGAAAAUUAAAAUGGAUAAAUUGCAGGCAGUAAAAGAUGCUGAACUAAGUGAUGUUUCAGACGAACAUUCCACAAAGUUGAUGAAAUCCAUAUGUGAAUACCAAGACAAAUUGAAGGAUAUGACAAACAUUAAAGAACAGUUAACUCUGGAGAAAAAUGAAGCUAUCAAAGAAUUAAACUUGGUGCAACAACAACUGACAAAAAAGUACCAAGAAGCAGAAUCUAACAUCAUUGUCCUUAAUGAUAAGAAUUCAGAUUAUGAGAAGCAAAUCAAGGAUUUGUUGAAUAAAAUUGAAGCAGUAGAUGAGAUCAAGAAAGAAUUGAUAGAAAAUAGCUUACUUAUGCAACAACAAGUUGACAAUCUUCAACAAGAAAAUAGCCAAUUAAAAGAAAAGUAUGAGGAAGAAUUGAGUGAGAAAGAUUCUAAGAUGUCUUUGCUAAAGACUUCACUAGAGCAGAAAUUAGCAGAAAAAACUUGUGAAACUGAAGAACUACAGAGUCAGUUGAGUAAUAAUCAAAUAAAUGAUGCAGAAUUACAGGAAAAUUUAAAAACUCUUCGGGAGAAAUUGUCUGUUGCUGAAGAUAAACUUAGUGAUUGUAUCCAAAACUAUGACAAAGAUAUUGAAGAACUUAAAGCAAUUGUCGAAGCACGUGAAAAAGAACUCAGUCAAAAAACUCAGGAAUUUCAUCAGAAGGAAAAUCAGCUCAAAGCCAAAAUUGAUGAUUUGGAUUCUCAUUUAAAAGAUACUCAGACUGAAACAAGUAAUAAAAUGAUGUUGCUAGAAUCUCGGCUACAAGAAAGUCAAGAGAAACAUCUACAAAUUAAAGAAUUACAGGACAAAAUGGAUAUUCUGGCAAAAGACAAAGAAUCUCUAACUGAUGAUUUAAGAGAAGCUACUUCCAAGUUAGUUGAAUAUACAAAAUCUAAUGAGGAGAAACACAUUUCAGAAAAAGAAAAUGAAAAUCUCUUGAAAGAAGUAGAAUCUUUAAGAAAUAUCAAAGUAAAUAUAGAAUGUCAAUUAGAUGAAAAAGAAACUUUUUGUCAUGAAUAUAGUGUCAAAAUUAAUGAAGUUGAAGAGAAACUUAGGCAAAGUGAAGAUGAUUUACAACUAGUCCAAGGAAAUUAUGAGCAGCUUCAAAAGAAAUAUGAAAUUCUAAACUGUUCUACAAAAAGUGUUGCUGAAGAAAUCCAAGAGAAGCAAGCUGAAGUAGUGUCUGUUUCUCAGAAAUUGAGUUUAGCUGUUUCUGAACGAGAUCAGUUAAAAACUGAAAUGGAAGAGAAAAUAAAUGAACUUCUUGAAGAUUAUCAAUUAAAGUUAACCAAAAUGGAGACAGAAGCUAAUAAUAAGAAAGCAGAAUAUAAAAAAAAGGCUGAAAUCUAUAUCUCUCAGCUUAAGAAGCAAUCUGAAGAAUGUCAGCAGACAGCAAUAUCUGAACAAAAAAAAUUGACAAAGGAAAUUGAACACUUAAAAGAAGAGUUGAAGAAAAUAAAAAAUGAAAAGAAAUUGAUGGAAGAAGAUUUUGCUCAAUGGAAGAUUGAUCACCUAGAGAAAAUGAGAGACCGAGAGAACAUCUUACAAGACAAACUUCAGCUGGCUGAGAAUAAACGGACAUCUGAAUCACAGAUAAAAUCUGAAAACGAACAGCUAAACCGACAACUCUUGAAUCUUGAAAUGAAAAUCACCCAACAAGAAGAAAUGUAUGAAACUGAGAUAAAGUCACUUAAGAUAGAGAAAGAGAACUUAAAUCAACAGUUGCAAAAACUAAAAUCAUCUUUUGAAGAAAGCAAGUUAAACUCCGAGAGAAAACAUACGGAAGAAGUUGAAUUCUUAAAGAAACAACAUGAGCUUGAGAAGCAAGAAGUGGAAAAUAUACACAAUGCUAAGAUCAAAGCAUUAGUUAAAGAUAUUCAUCAACAGUUGGCAGAGAAAGACAAAGGCUAUGAAGAGUCUUUUAAUGAAGCACUAGAACGUUGCCAACAAGAAGAAACUAAUAUGAUGCGGCAACACCGCAGGGAAAUGGAUGAGUUGACUAAAGAACUAAACUUAAGACAGAAGGCUUAUGAGGAUUUAGAAGCAAAAUAUUACACUGAACUUAAAAAAAUACAGGAAGAAAUGGAACACAAAUCUCACCAGCUCCAAAAUCAAAUUGAUCAUGAAGGACAAAUCCACCAGGAAGAAUUAAUUGAACUUCAAGGAAAACUUGAGGCAAAGUUUAACCAGCAGACAGAAAGUCUACAAAAGCAACAUAACCAAGAAGUGUCAGCUCUUAGCAGUGAGUGGAACCAUGAGAGAAAGGAAUUGGUUGUUCAAAAUCAAUGCACAUUAGAAGCAGUUCAAAGUGGCUCUUCAAAUGGGGAGGUCCUACGACGCCAAGUCAUUGACCUGACGCAUCAGUUAGAGAUGGAAAGAGAAAAGCACAAAUUACAAAUUGCCGAGUUACAAACCCAAAAUGAAAUGCAUCGUAGUCAACUUGCAGAACCUUUGUUAGCAGCUCCAAGCCUAGAUGAUGACUAUAAUGCUGAUCUUCAGAAUUUGCAAUUGGACAAUACAGACUUAAAACUUCAAGUAAAACAUUUAAAUGAUGACCUUGCAGAAUGCCAUACUCAAAUUGAAGUCUUAUUACAAAAGAUUGAUAAACUGGAAAAUACCAGCAUAGUUGAACCGGAGAGUAGUUCAGUCCUAAAUACAUCAUCAUAUCACUACAGAGAUAAUUAUAACUGCAACCUGAAUGAGCCACUAUUGCGGGAACCUACUGAGUUUGAGUAUUUAAAAAAUAUCCUGUACCAAUAUAUGAUAGGGAAAGAGACCAAGACGCUUGCCAAAGUUAUUGCUACAGUUGUCCAGUUUUCUGAAGACCAAACAAACAACAUUAUGGCACAAGAGGAUAUACGAGCAACGCCCCAAAAAAGGUUUAAUGUUACUCCAAGAGAGAGACACUAAGUCUCUCAAGGCUUGUGCCUGGCUGUCACCUUGAGGCUACAAAUCUCCAAGAAUUGAAACAUUCCAAUCCAGAAACUUUUGGCUUUCAGUAUUCCCCACAUUCUCACAUGAUAAUUCUGCUUUCUAGAUUCACUUCUCUGUGAGUUUUCUGGUGGAAAGGAAACAGCAUCAAGUUCAGGAGACUAGCAUCUGCGUCACCAGAUAAAAGAUGAUAUAAUGAAGAAGGCCCUAAAAUAUCCCAGACUCUGUUGUUUCUUUUCUUUUAUUUUAUUUUGUUAGUUGUUUUUUAAGACUGUUAUAUGAAUUUCUUCUUACAUUCUUCAACAAUGCAUUUCUGUAGAACAAUGGGCAUGUAGUUGCCAUAACUACUAAUGCCUAAUCAAUCAUCAGUUGCAGGGGAUUAGCUAUCAAUUUUGCAAACUAAAGAGUAAUGUUGUUUGUUCUUGGAAAAAGAGAACAUUACUAGUAAUGGUUGGCAUCAGCAAAAAGUUAAACAAGUUCACAAAAUUGAAUAAGAAUAUGUACUAUGAGAAGUGUAUUCUAACAUUUGGGACAUUAAUGUGUGUUGCUGCAAAGGGGCUAAAUAUAGCCUUCCAACUAGCUUCUCAUUGUUUUCCCUAAGAAGGGCUCUGCUUAGAACAUUUGAAUUCACAUCUCACAUGUUAUCUGAACAAUGUUUUGUUUCUAUCACGUCAUCAUUAUCGUCUGUCUUUAUUGUUAUCAUCACCAUAAUUCAUUGUUAUUCAUCUACAAAAACAUCAGUCCAUGGAAUUAAUUUUUUAAACAAUUGGGGUAAUUUCAGUUUGUUAAAAAUAUUUUUUAACAUUAUUUAUAUUCUAUAACAAUCAAUGUAUGAAUAUGUGAUUGGGUGUGGGAGAUCAUUUUACUGUAUUUAUAUAUUGAGAUUUCUGUUUAUGGGUUAAUGAUUAAUAUGAAUAUAGUGAUUGGUAUCAGACAUGUUGCUGUAAGAUUGGGGCAGCGGGGUACAGUGCAUAGAGAGCAAGAAAGAGAGAGAGGAAGGACAAUAAAGAAAGUAAAUAAGGAUGUAUACUGAAAUUAUUCAUGCAUUAAAAAACCACAUGUAUGUAUAUAUGUGUGUGUGUGCAUGUAUGUAUAUGUAUAUAUUUAUAUAUAUAUAUAUAUAUAUUUAUAUUAUAAAAGAUGUUGACAUAUCUGUAUACUUAUGUUUCUCCCUCUCUCUUUAUAUAUAUAUAUGUUUAUGUGUGUGUGUAUGUGCAUGUGUAUAUGUGUAUGUAUAUAUAUAUAUAUAUAUAUAUAUAUAUAUAUAUAUGUGUGUGUGUGUGUGUGUGUGUGUGUGUGUGUGUGUGUGUAUAUAUAUAUAUAUAUAUAUAUAUAUAUAUACACACACACACACAUAAAUGGUAUAUCGUUCACUUGUUGAUAUAUUCAGUAAAAAAAAUACUCAUUACACUGGGAGAUGAAUGUCAUUUAAUGAAUGCAGAAGUUAUACUUAAGCUACUUCAAGUUUCAUGCUUGGAUAGUGAAGAAAUUAGACAGGCUUAUAUAGUGUACAAUGUGCAAUCUGACAAUUGUUGAGACUCAAAUAAUAAGUCUAUUUAGAUGUAUACACACAAGAUUAACGAUAUUCUUUAUUUCCCUCAUGUCUUUUAAUAUUUUGUUCUUGUUUUGUCUUGUAAUGUUUUCUUGGUUCUUUUCUCACAUUUUCUUAUGGUGUAGCCAUGUCAUUUGAGCCUGAACAAUUGCUGGAUCAUGCAUUGUGUGUUAUACAAGCCUGUGUGCUUACUAUGCUAUCCUGAGCAUAGUAAGUUGCUCAUAUUACUAUGCUAUCCUGAGCAUAAUAAGUUGCUCAUAUGUAACUCCUGUAUUCAUUAAAUUAUAUAUAUAUAUAUAUAUAUAUAUAUAUAUACACACAUACACACACACACAUAUAUGUAUAUAUAUAAACACACACACAUAUGCAUGGCCUUAUUCUUUUUUAUAGAAAUUGCUAACGGUGCUCACUAACAACAUAUACUAGAUGUGUAUAGAGACUGAUCUAUGUUUGCCUAUGCGUAAAGUAAACAAAGAAUGUAACUUUUCUUCUCAAUCUGCUGGUAUACAGAAGAAACCAACAAGUUGAUUAAAUGAAAUCGUUGUUCAGAAA